UGUUUUCCUAUAGCUCCCAGUCUUAACACUUCUGCAGAGCACUGAGACGCCACACUGAGCUCUGAAAGCUAGCUGUGAUAUACAAAAGUCACACACACACCCUCGGCAUGGAUAGCAAAGCUGUGAUGCUAGUGGCCCUGCUGAUGGUCGCCAUAUGGAGCACAGAGACUGAAGCAAAGCCCAUUAGUCUGGUAGAGAGAUGUUGGUGCCGGUCCACGCUCAACACUGUCCCGCAGAGGAGCAUCCGUGAGAUCAAGUUUCUACACACACCCAGCUGCCCUUUCCAAGUCAUUGCCAAGCUGAAGAACAACAGAGAGGUCUGCAUCAACCCCAAGACCAAAUGGCUUCAGCAGUAUCUAAAGAAUGCCAUUAACAAAAUAAAGAAGUCAAAGGAGCGUUCCAAGUAAACACACAAAGAGGUGUGAGGAGGACCAUUGUGCAUCUCUAACCUUCACAGAGAGCAUCAUCCUCUUCUCUCUCUCUGAUCUCUUUUCCUCUUUUUGGACCGCUUGCACAAACAGCACUUCACUUAAGCCUGCCUCUCAAGCAUCCAGGCAACCUACAGGUCACCAAAUGGCACUGAACACCUUCACAAGACAGUGUGUUUGAGAGAUAUUUACAGGCAUUUCACUUCUUAAAGGAACAGUUCCCCAAAAAGUGAAAAUAGCGCCAUAAUUUUCAACAUCUCCUUUGAAGUUCCACGGAAUAAAGAUAGUCAUAUUAAAAAAAUUUAGUAAAUAUAGACAGAAUUGCCAUUUUUGGGUGAACUAUCCUUUUAACGGGCAGUAAAUGGGAGUUUUUGUUGAGUUCAAGAAAAGGGAAUUAGUUGACUUUAUGAAAAGGGAGAGAAAGUGAAAAAAAGAAAACUAUGAGUAUGAGGAUUGCUGCCACUUUUCAUGCUCACAUUUGUGUUAUUUUGCCAUUCCUGGAUUUAGUCUGGGUGCUAAAGCUCACCUGCACAUAUGAAUGACCAAGCACACAGAAUCUACUGAGACAUGACUGCUUCUACAGAAACCAGAAUCAUAGUUUCCGCAUUGCUUUUCCUCUUUUCUACAUGUAUGUAAACUCAGAGAAUGGCCAGACACUGAAUUCAAAAAUGUAUGCCGUUUAAAGCAGAUGGACUGUACAGUAUGUAUAAAGCAGAGUUUUUGUUGAAGGAAUAUUCUGGGUUCAUUACAAGUUAAGCUCAAACAACAACAUGUAUUAUUAUUAAUAAAAAUAAGGUAUUUUCUACCCUUUUCUCCCCAAUUUGGAAUGCCCAAUUCACAAUGCUCUAUAAGUCCUCGUGGUGGCAUAGUGACUCACCUCAAUCUGGGUGGCAGAGGACAAAUCUCUGUUGCCUCUGCAUCUGAGACCGUCAGUCCACGCAUCUUAUCACAUGGCUCAUCCACGCACAACUCACCACACGCCCCACCGAGAGGGAGAACCACAUUAUAGCAACCACGAGGAGGAUAACCCAACAUAACUCCUAUCCAUCCUACCAACCAGGCCAAUUGUUUGCUUAGGAACCCUGACUGGAGUGUACCUCCUUUUCUUAAAAAUAAAAGCGCGGUUACAGUGAGGCACUUAUAAUGGAAGUCAACUGAGCCAAUCCGAAAGCGUUAAAAUACUCAAUGUUUAAAAACUAUAGCUACAAGACAUGAACAGUAUGCAUGUUAACAUGAUUUUAGUGUGAUAAAUCAUUUGAUAACCUUUUCUGUGUAAAGUUAUAUCUAAUUUUACAACUUUGUUGCCAUGACGAUAUAAUGGCGUAAACCCUAAACGGAUCGUAAAAAUGGAACGUAAACUUUACAGCUCAAAUAAUACACAAGUAACAGAAUAAUGAAUGUAAGUGCUUUAAUAAAAUGAUAAGCUUCACAUUUCUGCCUUUAAACUCUCCAAAAAUUGGUCCCAUUCAGCGAUUACCUCCAUUUUUGCUUUUUUAAAGAAAAGUAGGGACGAGUCAAAAUGAUCAACAUUAUGCCACAAAUGCUGUCGAUUGAGCUUGAACUUGUAUUGAACCUGAAAUAUUUAUUUAAUGCAAUCAUGCCAUGGCAGCUUAAAGGAUACUUCACCCAAAACUGAAUAGUGAGUGAAUGAUGACAAAAUGUUCAUAUCUGGGUGAGCUAUUGCUUUGAAACUUCUGCUUAUGUAUAUCAAGCUGCAUUCCAUGACUCAGGCCUUAAUGAAUAGCAUUUGCAUCACCGAUCUUUACUUUUGAGUGCACUCAUUUUGGUGUUGUGGUUGUGAUUUGGAACAAACACGAACAACCAACAGGCCUAACGUUUAAUGUAAAUAGUCUCCAGCACUAUAUAGCUGUCAGUAGGGUUGAACAGGGACCAAAACUGAACCACAAAAAUGCAAGCGAUUUGUAGACUAAAUAAAUAAUAGCUAUGUAUUCCAUAUAUAUCAUCUUGUGUUUUUAGCAGCAGCAUGAAGGGAUAAAACUGUGAUUUUGAUAUUCGGAAAUUAACGUGUUGAACUAACACACAUUCUUUCUGUUCAGAUAACAUUUUGACUCAAAUGCCCAAAUGCUGUUACUUUAUUUUUGAGCCACUUUAAAAAUGUGAGGACUUUCUAAUGUAAUGAUUUAUUUUUGUAUUUUUGUAUUGUUUGAUAUGAAAAUAAAACACAACAGUACAGUAUGAGGGAAUUUCUUAAGCUUACUGUCAAACAUGGACCACACUUCCAAAAUUAGGACCAAAACAUAAGCAAAACAUCAGUUAUGCAAGUGUGAUUUUUAUACAUUAUUGUGUUCUGAAAUGCCUUUCUGUGCAUUGUUGUUGUUUUUGCAACUGAUUAUGUUUCUGGUAUUAUUCAUCUGCUUGAGUUAUAUUAUAUCAGUCUAUAUUUCAAGAAUAGGCGACAAAAGGUAAAUACUCUUUGAUUGGAUUUGAGAAGUAAAAUGUGAUGCACGCAAGGGCGUAGAAUUGGCUUGAAAACUGGGGGUUUGCAGCGUGAAGUAUUUACCCAUGUUUCCACUGAUCAUGUUAUAAAUAUUGGGGGGGUUGUACUUGCUUGUUUUGAUUAUUGGGGGUUACCUCCCCCCAGAAUCUGUGCCUCUUGAUGCACGAACAAUAAAUCAUCUCACCCGUUUUAAGAAGCUACAUUAAUUUUAAGCUACUAAACAUUUGAACUUAGAUUUUAGCUGAGUCUAAACUUUCACAGUUAACACUUUUUUUAAUCACUUUGGUUGGUUUCCAACCACUGAAUUCAAUUGUUAUUCAACUAAAAUCAUGACAAUUAUACGGUAUAUUUUUUUUAUUGUAUCACACACAAAUAUAGAUUACAGUUCCUUAGGUUUAAAAAGAGAAAUGUAUUUCAUAUUUGAAAAGGGAGGUCCACACAUAUGCUUUUCAUUAGGUCUUUCCAAUAAGCACUUGACAUAUGUAUGUUUCUUUAGUUUUCCAUAGCUGACGUGUAUGAAUUUGCAUUGUAAAAAUGGCAUCCUAUUCAUCAGCCUCCAUUGUAAGUGUUGCCUUUGGGUCAGUAGGGCCCAGAUGUCUACACCCUAAAACUAGCCAAAGUGUUUAAAGAGGAAAUUUGUGCAACAUCUCAAAUACUUUUAAAUAUAUAAUAGUUAAGUCAAAGGCUGACUAUGUUUUUGAUAUGUUUGUAUGAAAGUAUACUUACUUGACAGAUGGUGUCAGGACUAUUGCAGUCAUUAUCCCAAGAAAAUGUGAAAAAAUGAUGUUUCUCUUUGAGGCAGCUCACUAUGUAAGAAACAUGUAUGCAGUGCAGUGUUGUAGUACUCGAGACCGGACUCUUUUAAGCAAAUUGGCCAAACAGGUUAGCAAAAAGUUUUUAAUCGAUUGGCUAUUUAGUCUUGGCCAUAAUUGGCCGAUUAGUUCAGUCUUCUAUCUCACUGAAUAAUUUGCAGCAGUUUCUCACUUAUUAAAACUGCAUCGGGAUAUUUUUGAAAAUGGAAAACAAUUGUUGGAUAAAGUGGAUAUUGACCUACAGUCAAGAAAAGACUGCUUUUCUCAGAGGUAACUUUGCGAAACUUCCAUUGGUGCUGUGACUUGUUAAUAAGUGUCUGUUCUCACCAAAACUUGUUGUGUCCAUCCAUGCUGUUUUUCAGAUGUUUUUCUAUGUAAACAUGCAAAACUGAUGUCUUUGACCAUUGCAUUACGUAUCACUGUGUUUUUGGCGUCUCAUGCAGGAGUGCCACUUCUUUUAAAUUCUUUUGACAAGUUAAAAUGAACAUCAACUGUUAAAAAUAUAAUCUUUAUAAUCUAUUUGCUGCACUGCAUUGGUAUGAAUGGCCUCUAGUCUUUUCGAAAUGCUUUAGAAUACUACACAUACUGUAGAAAAUGUACAAAUACUUCUAUCAAUGUCAUCAAAAUGUAAUUGUUUCUAAAAAGGUUUCUGUGCAUACUUUGAGAUGGAAUCUUGCAGGCAAAAGAAAGCAAGAAAUGCUUACUUGACUUACAGUUAAUGAAAUGUAGUAGUGCAAUUGAGGAAUUUAUCAACCAAUCAAUCACUUUCUGGCGUAAACAUUGCCAUAUUUAAUAUAUUAUUGUUUGGUUUUUAGGCCCAUUUAGUUAUAGUAUAAUGCAUUUACAUACAUUCAUAAAAACUAUUGUCUUAGAGUCAGCCUUUACUGGUCUCGGUCUUGACUCUGACUCUGCCCUCUCCAUUCUUGGUCUUGACUCAUACUCGACCCUCUUCUGGUCUCUUGACCUUGAAUCGAACUAAACCUACUCUGGUAUCAGACUAGACUUGGACUCGGAUGAGCUGUUCUCAACUACAGCACUGCAUGUAUGCCUCAACCCUCUGUAUUUUGAUUAUUUGUUAUUGAGGACUGAAAUUGAUACACUUACAUUAUAAAUCACAUUUUUCAAUAAAUAACCAAACUAUUGUCAUCUGUGGGACAUGUAAUAUAUAGCCAGUCCACACCUACAAAAAAGUGCUUCAGUUUAACUUCAGUG